AUGAUAUCUCUCGCAUACAGUCCUUUUGAGGCUGCUGAGUCAAAACGAGUUUCAGGUUUCCGAGUAAAGACGCGGUAUAGGAAGGAAGCCAUACAGAAAGUGGUUUGUGUCAUUGGUGCUGCUGUUGAGGUGGCUAUUUUAGCCGAUGUGGUUGGUUUUGGAGGCUUAUCAGAGACAAUGGGGGUUUUGAACAACUCAAAGGAAUGGAUGGCAAAGUUGGGUUGGAUUGAUUUGGUGCAUUUGGUUAAGUUGGUGGAGAGAAAAAAUUGGUGGGAUUUGGAAGAAGGUAGGAGAGAUUGGGUUUCAACAAUUGAUUUGUUGGGGAGAAGAGUAUUGGUGCUUGUGAGAGCCAUUGUUUUGUGGGUAGAAGGGUCUGUGUUCUUGGGCACUGUGUGUGAUAAUGGAGGUGGUGGUGUAGGGAAUACAGUGGAAGCUAGGGGUGAUGCAAGGAAAGAGGAAAAAAAAGGGUAUUACUUAAUUGUUAGCGCUUUGGGCAUAGAGGGUUUUAGACCGUUGAAUGGCCGUCAAAGCCCAUUACAUUUCUUCUCGUUUGACCACCGCCGUGUCUAUUCAUGCUUGAGUGUCGUAGUUGACGAGGACGACGAUGAUGUUGAUAAGCUUCACCGUCCUAACAAAUGCCUAACGCCUUCUGCUAGUGAAGAGGACCCUCACAGAUUUUUAUGGGGCCACUUAGGGGAUUGCUCACGGGAUCUGAACUCCAAACUUGUGGUGGAGAGGCAGCUGGCAGGGGAAGAGGCGGGUGUCUGGAUGUUUCAGUGCUACAUCUGGCAAGGAAAAUCAACCAGUAUGACCCAGGCAGCUUCAUAUAGGCUAUGGAGAACCAAGGGCGAGAAUCUUAAGCCUUUUCUCUUAAAUGCCAACAAAAUGUUGGUUUAA